UCGAUAUACGCGCAUGCCUGAAGUCAGCGUUUUGACAGUUACUGACAGUUACCACACGGCAGAUUGGGAAACCCAAAUUUGCGAUCAUGUUCCGUGUGAUGUGAUUGAUCACAAUAAAAGAGGCGAUCGCUUGACGUAGAGAAUUUUGCAAAUGCUUACGUCAUGGCAGCCAUUCGACACACCUUGCAGAGGGAAGUGUUUACUCCAAGUGAUGAAAAGCUGCUGAGUGUAUGUUACGUCAGCAAAGCGUACAAGAAGAAAAAGAUGAGCUUCCUGUGUCUGGCUACGACGAUGGAUACACCAGGAUCUCUCAUACUGUACCAAAUCAAGAAGAACGACAAGAACGUUUACAAGAAGAAGCAAUCGUGGCCCCUGAGUGACAUACAAGUCGUCGACGGAGUGAAGAACGAUUCUAUGGACAUAGAGCUGCACAUCGACAAAGUUUACAAAUGGUCGUCCACUACGGUGCAGGAAAGGCGAACGUUCAUUAGUAAUUUGUACACUUAUUCGUGCGGUCUUGCCCAAAGGCCGGAAUUCAAGAAUAUCCCCAAAGAGUGGCUGAUCGAUCCAACUGCGUUGAAGGAAAGCAACAGCAUCACGUUUACACCUGACCUUUUGGCAUCACCCAUCUCUUCGGACUACCAACCCAUCACCGAGAAAGAGGCUGCUGACUUGAGACAGAUGAUGGAGAAUUGUGAAUAUGCUGUUUCUAAUGCCGAGCUGUUUAUGGAAACCUUAUCGAAAGAUCUGUCCAUUCUUGACGGGGAAAAUGUACAUUCAGUCCUGGCAUCGGAACAGAGAGUAACGCAGCUGAUGAACAGCAUAGAUGCCGCGAUAAUCGAAGCUUCUAUCGUAGAAGCGCGAUUAGCAGCGUACGACGAAGCAUUGGGAAGAAUAAGGGAAGUAAUGGCUCGGGUUGGACAAAAGAAUCAGGCUAUACACACGGCAAACAAUAAUGCAAGACUUUUGUUAGAUCAACUGAAUUUGGUAAUCUCGCAGUUGGACAUUUCUGCGACGCAUCAACGUACUUUGAACGAAGCUGAGCUGCCAGGCGAGAGAGAGCAACUUGGUCACGCGGGCGCGGCGCUUUUGAAAGCGAUCACAGCACCUCUUCCACCGGGUUUGGACAAAUUGAAUGCAGUCACUGAGCAGAGGAGGCGGUUGGACAAGCUCAAAGCGAAAUUCUCGAUCAUCGUUGCUAGGCACUUGAACAAUCUGUUCAUACAUUUGGGCAACGAUAUCGGCGAUACAUCGACUUGCGUGACGGAUUUAAUCCUGCCGACUCACCAGGGAGUUCACCACGAGCUCGUACCGUACACCGAAUUGAUGCAACUACUGAGAGCACUGGACAACAAAGCCUUCGUGCAGUUAACCAGAGUGUAUACCGAUACCAUGAGCAAACUGUACAAGAGGGAUCUGAAACGGUUCUUCGAGGAGGCGAAGAACAAGCUCAUCGGCAAGCGUUUGCAAGCGAGUACCUCGAGAUCUAGCGGCCAGAAGGGCGAAGAUCUGCUCAACCCGGCACCCAUCUGUCUGCUGAGCGGCGAGGUAUGGGCACCGGUGGGUGAAGGGAACCUCUUAGACUCCGUGCUCGAUUGCGUCCUCUCGCAGAUGCAACCGGUGUGCCUCGCCGAGCAAGGAUUCUGCGUCUCGUUUCUUCAACUGGAUUCCGUCUUGUCACCUUCUAAAAGCAGCGAGAUGGAGGAAGUGGAAACCACCAAUAAUGGUGCGGCAAGUCCCGGAUCGGUGACCUCCACGGCGAGCAAGAGAUUGGAACGACAGGUGAAUGAGGACGUGCGCGCGACCAUGGCUGCGAUAUUCCCGUCGUUGGAAACCGAGUUGAAUAACUUUAUCGGCUUCCUGGACAAGAUUGACAGCUUCUGGUGUAUGUACGUGCUGGUGCGUCUGUCGCAGCACGUCAUGUCAGCCCAGGACACCGGCUCGUUCCUGUCGAUGACAUUCGCGUCCGCGUUGAUCCACGUGAAACGAGCGUUCGACAAGUUUAUGCAGGCACAGCUGCAAUCCAUACUGUGUGACACGAAGGUCAAUCGUCGACACAAAUGCGGCAUAUUGCCGUACAUAGAAAAUUUUGGACCGUUUGCGAGAACGGCGGAGAAGAUCUUCCGCAAUUCCGACAGGAAGGUCGAUCUUGAAAAGUGGUACACGAAGCUCGUGAGCACCAUGUUCGAAGCUAUCGUCAUUCAUAGCCGGGAACAUCACAAGACUCCGCAGGAAGUCAUCAAAAUGGAAAAUUUCCAUCAUCUUUAUGAUCUUUUGUCACAAUUAAAAAUUUCCGUGUUGGACCAUGAGCGGAAGGAAGCCAAACAAAAGUAUCAGGACGCGCUUCGGGCCUACGUUACGCAGUAUUUUGGACGGCCUCUCGAAAAACUGAACCUCUUCUUCGAAGGCGUACAGGCAAAGGUUGGAGCCGGCGUGAAAGAAUCCGAAGUCAGUUAUCAGAUGGCUUUCAGCAAGCAGGAGCUGCGACGCGUAGUCAAGGAAUAUCCCGCGAGAGAAGUCAAGAAGGGCCUGGAGAAUCUGUAUCGUAAAGUUGAGAAGCACUUGUGCGAAGAGGAGAAUUUGUUACAGGUCGUUUGGCGCGAGAUGCAAAACGAAUUUAUUGCACAAUACAGGAACAUUGAGGAGUUAAUACAGCGCUGUUAUCCCGACAGUAAUGUAACGCUCGAAUUUACCAUUCAGGACAUUUUAGAAUUUUUCUCAGAAAUAGCGCGAUCUCAUUAAAUUGAAACGCAAAGAAAAAUAUAAUAUUGUCUAGAUUACCAAACAGAUACGUUUAUGACUACUUUUUCAGCAAUGAUACAUACGUACGAAUGAUAUACCAACAACAACAUAAUUGCAUAAAA